AAAUAAUAAAGGAACUGAGAGUUGGUACGUUACCACCGUGGAGCACACACCAUGGAGCUCGACCUCCGUUCAUUCCUUCACUCUCCGACCUCUACCUCCUCCUCCGACGCCGACGACGGCGCUCCUCCCCGCACCAUCGAUGAUAUUCUCAACGACUGUGACACUUCCUCUUCCUCACCCUCCCCUCCUUCUUCUCCCUCUCACUCACUCUCCAACAAUUCCCGCCCUCAAAACCCCACACUCCAACAAAAACCACUCCAACCCGCACCCGAUUCGUUUUCUCGGGUCAAACCCGCUGAAUUCUCCGACCGCGCACGCGUUUCGCGCCCGUUCUCCUCUCUCCUGCACGGCGUCAGGUCCAAUGCCAAGCCCGGCGCGGCGCUCGCCGCGGCGGCGGCGGCGUCUCGAUCCGUUCCUACGCCGCACGCGGCGGCGAUCAUCUCCCGUAGGAAAUCCGCGGCUGCGAAUAUUGUCGAAUCGAGUUCGAUCGCUGCCACCGUCGAUGUUUCUUCCAAAGGCGAGUUGGGCGAGCCUAGCGAGAAAUUCGAUCCAGUGCCGCCGAAAAUCGAGACUCCGUCUAGUGAAAGUGCUUCUGCUAUUGGUGAACGUUUUGAGAGUGAUGCGGAAAUUGUCACUGAUUUGAAGGCUGGCAGUGAUGACAUUCAGGUGCACACUGAUAAUAAUAAUAAUAAUGCUGAUGAUGAUGAUGAUAAUGAUAAUGAUUCUUCUAUCGUGAGUGAGGAAAAGAGGGAUUUAGAUGAGGUUGACCGUGAUCAUGAGAAGGAUAUGAGUUCUGCACCGUUUGAUGACGAUGAUGAUCGUGGGUUUGAUGGAAAAGGCGAUGAUGAGAGAAUCACUGCUACGGGUGUAGCUGUGGAAACAGAAGAAGAAGUAGUAGUGAGUAAUGAUAUUAGUUCUAUGGAAGAUGUUAAGAAUGAGGUGAGUGUUGGUGGUGAUGAUGAGGGUAGUUCCUUAGGUGAUGUUGCUGAGCUAGUGGAAGAGAGGCUUGAGGAAUUGGAAAACAGAAGGGCUGCUAAGAGAGCUGAGAAGAAACGGGAGUCUUCGAUGAAGCCACUUGAAUUGGCCGAGGAACUGGAGAAGAAGCGUGCUUCAACUGGUUUGCAUUUGGAAGAGGGUGCUGCUGCCCAGCCAAUGAGGCUUGAGGGCGUUCGGAGAGGGUCCACGACAUUGGGAUACUUUGAUGUUGAUGCUGGUAAUGCGUUCACGAGGGCAAUUUCGUCCCAAACAUUCAGGCGUGAGCAAGGUUCCGCCCGAGCCUUGGCAGUUCAUGCUAAUUACAUUGCAGUAGGAAUGUCAAAAGGGCUCAUUGUUGUGUUUCCCAGUAAAUAUUCCAUUCACCAUGCUGACAACUCUGAUGGAAAGAUGAUGAUGCUUGCUAUACAAGGUGAUCGGUUGCAUGCUCCAGUGACAUCCAUGUCUUUCAAUCAACAAGGAGACCUUCUUUUAGCUGGUUAUGGUGAUGGCCAUCUUACCCUGUGGGAUGUACAGAAAGGGGUAGUGGCAAAAGUUAUUAGUGGUGAACAUACAGCACCAGUAGUACAUACAUUGUUUCUAGGACAGGAUCCUCAGAAUACUCGUCAAUUUAAAGCAGUUACUGGUGAUUGUAAGGGUCUGGUUCUCUUCCACAUCAUCUCAGUGGUUCCUUUGUUUAGUAGAUUCUCCAUCAAAACUCAGUGUCUUCUUGAUGGGCAAAGUACGGGCUUGGUGCUUUCAGCUUCACCACUCCUUUUUGAUGACUUCAGUGGAAGUGCUUCGCCUUAUACCCAGGGAAACACCUCAGCCCCAGCCAGCAGUAUAAGCAGCAUGAUGGGAGGUGUUGUUGGCGGAGAUGCAGGUUGGAAACUCUUCAAUGAAGCCCCUUCUUUGGUUGAAGAAGGUGUGGUUGUAUUUGUCACCCAUCAAACUGCUUUGGUGGUACGGCUGAGCCCUACGUUGCAAGUUUAUGCUCAGCUCUCUAGGCCAGAUGGAGUUCGGGAGGGUUCCAUGCCAUAUACUGCAUGGAAAUACAUGACACAAAUAUGUAGUUCUACUGAAAAUAUGUCUGCAGAAGCUGUUGAAAGAGUUUCAUUGCUUGCAAUUGCUUGGGAACGGAAGGUUUUGGUUGCAAAGUUGGUCAAAUCAGAAUUAAAAGUAUAUGGAAGAUGGUCUCUUGACGGUGCGGCUUUAGGUCUAGCAUGGUUGGAUGAUCAGAUGCUGGUAGUUCUCACUUCAAGUGGACAACUGUAUUUAUUUUCCAAGGAUGGAACUGUGAUUCACCAAACAAGUUUUUCUGUAGAUGGUAUUGGAGGAGAUGAUCUAGUCUCUUAUCAUACUCACUUCAUCAAUAUAUUUGGAAAUCCUGAGAAAGCUUAUCAUAACUCUGUUGCUGUAAGAGGAGCUUCUAUUUAUAUACUGGGCCCAACACAUCUUCUUGUUUCUCGUCUUCUCCCUUGGAAAGAGCGUAUUUCUGUUUUGCGGAAAGCAGGUGACUGGAUGGGUGCCUUGAACAUGGGAAUGACUCUUUAUGAUGGCCAUGCUCAUGGAGUUGUUGACCUUCCUAGAACCUUGGAUGCUGUACAUGAAGCCAUAAUGCCCUUCUUGAUGGAGUUGCUUACAUCAUAUGUUGAUGAAGUGUUCUCCUAUAUUUCAGUGGCAUUCUGCAAUCAAAUUGGAAAACUGGACCAAUCCAAUGAUUCAAAUAGUAGAAGCAAUUCAGUGCAUUCUGAGAUAAAGGAGCAAUAUGCCCGUGUUGGUGGAGUUGCCGUUGAAUUUUGCUGUCAUAUCAAACGGACAGACAUUCUUUUUGAUGAAAUUUUCAACAAGUUCGUGGAUGUUCAACAGAGAGAAACAUUUUUGGAGCUUCUGGAGCCCUAUAUUUUGAAGGACAUGCUUGGAUCUCUACCUCCCGAGAUUAUGCAAGAACUGGUAGAGUAUUAUAGCACCAAAGGGUGGUUACAGCGGGUUGAGCAAUGUGUACUUCACAUGGAUAUAUCAUCCUUGGAUUUUAAUCAGGUUGUCAGAUUAUGCCGGGAGCAUGGACUAUAUAGUGCCCUGGUGUAUGUCUUCAAUAAAGGAUUAGAUGAUUUUAGGGCACCUCUGGAGGAGUUGUUUGCUGUCUUACAAAAUAGCCAAAAGGAAAGUGCUACUGCGCUUGGGUAUCGAAUGCUGGUUUAUCUCAAGUACUGCUUUACAGGUCUUCCCUUUCCACCAGGCCGUGGAAGUAUUCCUCCCACACGUUUACCAUCUCUUAGAAGAGAACUUGUAGAGUUUUUGUUAAAGGACUCCUGUACUGCGAAAUCACAGACAGUUUCAGACUUUGUGUACAGACGACCACACCUGAAUCUUUAUCUUCUCUUAAAGUUAGACACUGAAGCUACAUUAGAUGUCCUCAGAUGUGCUUUCAUGGAAGAUGGAAUUUCAAAUGCCAGCUCAUCUUCACCAGAUUCAGCCAAUAAACCUAUAGCGGAAGCAAAAAAGGAAAAUGAUAAUGUUAACAAAACUCAAAAUGCUUUGGUUCAGAACACAGUUGAUGCUCUCAUUCAAAUAAUUGAUAUGAAUAUUGUUCCCACAGAUAAAACCUCUAGUAGUGGUGAUGAUGGGUUGAUAAAAGAUUGUCCUUCCAAGGACAUAGGUUAUUUGUUUGAGUUCAUUGCAUAUUAUGUUGCUCUCCAAAGGGCUAAGAUUUCAAAGGGUGUGCUUUGUCAAAUAUUGGAAUAUUUGACAUCAGAUAGUCAGUUUUCAACUAAUGUUUCUGUUCAAGGAUCAUCUCCAAAAAAUAGAGAGAAGCAAGUGCUUGCACUUUUGGAAAUACUUCCUGAAUCAGACUGGGAUGCAUCAUUUGUGCUAGAUCUAUGCGAGAGAGCAAAAUAUCAUCAGGUUUGCGGAUUGAUUCAUAGUAUCAGACAUGAAUAUGUGGCGGCAUUGGAUAGUUAUAUGAAAGAUGCAGAUGAGCCUGUUCAUGCUUUCUCCUUUAUUAACAGAGCAUUCUCACAGUUGACUGACAAUGAUCAUGCAGCUUUUCGGUCAGCAGUCAUAUUUCGAAUUCCUGAGUUGGUUGAACUAAGCAGGGAGGGCGCAUUCCAUAUGGUUAUCAGUCAUUUUAGCAAUGAAAGUUCCCGUAUCAUAACUGAUCUUCACUGUCAUCCAAGAAGUCUUUUCCUUUAUUUAAAGACACUCAUUGAGCUUCAUUUAUUUGGCACCCUAGACCUGUCUAAUUUGAGAAAAGAUGGUACUAUGGAUCCCCUUAAUGGAAGGCAGGUUAAGGAUCACCCACAAGGAGUCAGAGAUUACUUAGAGAAUAUAUCUAAUUUCCCCAAGUACAUGCGUGAAAAUCCUAUUCGAGUUCCUGAUGAUCUUAUUGAGCUUUACCUUGAGUUAUUAUGCAAGUAUGAAGGUGGUUCAGUUCUCAAGUUUCUGGAAAUGUUUGAUAGCUAUCGAGUUGAACAUUGUUUACGCCUGUGCCAAGAAUAUGGCAUUAUAGAUGCAUCUGCGUUCUUAUUAGAAAGGGUUGGUGAUGUUGGUAGUGCUCUUUCACUUACACUUUCUGAUCUAUAUGAUAAAUUUGUUGAGCUUGAUACCGCUGUGGAAGCUGUAGUUUUAAACCAUCGCAGAGUUGGUUCUUCACAUAUGGAAGUAUUCAACAGUGUUUUGAAAACAAAGGAGGUAAGUGACAUCCACAAUUUAUUGCGUGCCUGUAUUGGUCUGUGUCAGCGGAACACCCCUCGUCUAAAUCCUGAGGAGUCAGAGGCACAUUGGUUUAAAUUACUUGACUCGUUUUGUGAUCCAUUGAUGGAUUCAAAUGUUGAAGAGAGAGCAUAUGAAAGUAAGAGUUAUUUUGGAAUGCUAGCUGGAUCAGCAGAUUCACAACAGGACAAAGACACCCAUAAAAGCAGUUGGAAAAUUUCAAAGUCCUGGACUGGUCAUAUCUUGAAAAAAUUGCUAUCCCAGUUCAUUAAAGAGAUUGUUGAGGGAAUGAUCGGUUUUGUUCACCUUCCAACUAUCAUGUCUAAACUCCUGUCUGAUAAUGGUAGUCAAGAAUUUGGUGAUUUUAAACUUACAAUAUUGGGAAUGCUGGGAACAUAUGGCUUUGAAAGAAGAAUUCUGGAUGCUGCCAAAUCAUUAAUAGAGGAUGAUUCUUUUUAUACUAUGAGUUUACUCAAAAAAGGGGCCUCCCAUGGAUACGCUCCCAGGAGUCUCGUGUGCUGUGUUUGUAAUUGCCCUCUUACAAAGAACUCUGUUAGCUCUGGAAUUCGGAUUUUCAACUGUGGCCAUGCAAUUCAUCUCCAAUGUGAAGUUUCGGAAAUUGAGGGAUCGAGCAAAACAUCUUCAUCUGGAUGCCCUGUAUGCCCUGUAUGCAUGCCCAACCAGAAAUCCCAGCAGUCUAGAAACAAAUCAAUCAUUGCAGCAAAUGGCUUGGUCAAUAAAUUCUCAUCAAGGCCUCAAUACCCCCAUGGAAGUUCCAUUCAUCCUCAUGACAGUGAUUUAUCAGAUAAUAUGUAUGGACAACAACAGAUAUCACGGUUCGAGAUCUUGAGCAGCUUGCAGAAGAAUCGGAGAUUUAUGCAAAUAGAAAACUUGCCUCCAUUGAAGCUUGCCCCACCUGCUGUGUACCAUGAAAAGGUAAGUAAAGUGGCAAACUUUCUGACUGGCGAAAGUAGCAAUAGUUCCAGUGCUAUUGAGAAACAAAGUAGAAACAAGCAAAAUCGGGAGCUGAGAGUUAAGGGUUCAUCAAUUCGAUUUCCUUUAAAAUCAAGCAUAUUUGGCAAGGAGAAGACCAAUAAGCGGUGACUUACUGUUUUUUAAGAACACGAGGACUUUUUUUUUAUAGGCAAAUGUUAGUUUUGUUAGAAAUGUUAGUUGGGGAGAUUCAAACCCGUGACCUCUCCUCCAUCCCUUCUCAAUUACAAGACCAACCGUAUAUCUCCAAUAACAAGAGAACUGUGUAGGCGAGAGAGACGAGACACUAACAAAUGUACAGAUUAACAAUAGAUAUCUUCCCCCAUUAGUUCUUCAGUGUAGGCUGUGUAGCUACCAGAUUUGCUGUAGCUCAACCAAUUGUUAUUCUUUUGUAUUUUAUUAUACUUCAUGUACAUUUUACUGACUGUUGUAUAUGUAUGUUAUACACUAAGUUCUGUGCGUGUACAAUAGAAAAAACCAUUUUAGCGAGUUCAAGAUA